GGCGGCGCACGGAGCGGAGCGGCGCGGAGCGGAGCCCCGGUGCCGCUCCGCCCGGGACAGUCGGUGCCGCCGCCCUGGGCGCAGGUAUCAGAAGUACUGUUCAUCUUCAGAGAGAGUCCCAGGAUGUAAGAAAUCAAGUGCUGUGUCAUGCAGCUGACGGGUCUGCUGGCGAAGCUGAGGGUCACAGCCAGGAUGGAAAGUCUUUAAACAAAACAGAGUCAAAUAAUCAGGGAAGUUUGGAGCUGUUUGCAAGAUCUGCUGAGUUGGUUGCUCCCCCUGUCAAAAGAAGCCACCAUCUGGGACAGCAGCACCCUGCCAGCAGCUGCCAUGGCCAGCAAGAGAAAGUCCACAACUCCCUGUAUGGUGCGAACCUCUGAGGUCGUGGAGCAGGAAGGUGCCGAGGGUGCAGAGGCUCCCAAAGACAAAGGGACCGGAGCAGCACAGCAGGACUCCAAAAAAACCUGGCCUUCAGAAAACUCAGUCAAAGACUGCGAGGUGGUGGAGGCGAAGCCCACGGGUGAAAAUCAGUCUAAGAAACCCCAGGGUGGUUAUGAGUGUAAGUACUGCCCUUACUCGACACAAAACCUGAAUGAAUUCACAGAGCACGUUGACACCCAGCAUCCAAAUGUCAUUCUCAACCCCCUGUAUGUCUGUGCUGAAUGCAACUUCACAACCAAAAAAUACGAUUCUUUAUCUGACCACAACGCGAAGUACCACCCGGGAGAGACCAACUUUAAACUGAAGUUAAUUAAACGCAAUAAUCAGACUGUCCUGGAGCAGUCUAUCGAGGCUGCCACUAGCGAUGUCACUGUCACCAGCAGUGGGCUGGAGAACCCAGAGUGUGACGAUUCACUUCAUGGGGGAGUCAGUGCAAAUAAACCACCUGUGAUGAAGCUGGGAAAGCCUAAAGGGGAAGCCAAGAAGGGAUCUAAAAAGCCAGAGGAGGGAGUUACAGAAAACCACGUGGAUGGCGCUCUGCCCCGCAUCAUCACUGAUGCCACUGAAGCGAUUGCCUGUAUAAAUGGAGACCUGCUCCAUGAUGUGUUAGCCCAUGUAAUGCCCUCUGUACAGCUGCCACCAAAUAUCAACCUUGUCCCCAAGGUCCCGGUCCCUCUGAACAGUACCAAAUACAACUCUGCACUGGACACUAAUGCAACCAUGAUCAACUCCUUUAAUAAGUUUCCUUACCCAACACAAGCAGAGCUGUCGUGGUUGACGGCAGCAUCCAAACAUCCUGAAGAACAAAUUCGAAUCUGGUUUGCUACGCAGCGCUUGAAGCACGGUAUAAGUUGGUCUCCUGAAGAAGUGGAGGAAGCAAGGAAGAAGAUGUUCAAUGGCACUAUCCAGGCAGUUCCCCAGACCAUCACCGUCCUGCCAGCUCCUUUGGCAACUGCAAAAAUGCCACAGCCCAUCAUCCAGACAGCUUUGCCUUGUCAGAUACUGGGCCAGACUGGCCUGGUUUUGACUCCCGUGUCAAAUGGUUCAACUGUUUCCUGUUCACCAAUUACCCUUGCUGUUGCCCCAAACCAGGGCCAAAAGAGGACAAUACAGACCUUAUCAAGUGCCCCAGAGGCCAAGCGUCCUCAUGUAGUCCAGGUGCCUGAGAUUCCUGCCAAGGUGACUGCUGUUCCAGUGACCCCAGCCAGUGAGAGGAAAAAGACCAAGGAGCAGAUAGCAGAGCUGAAGGCCAGUUUCAUGGCAAGCCAGUUUCCUGAUGAUGCAGAAGUCUACCGGCUUAUAGAGGCAACAGGGCUUUCCAGGAGUGAGAUCAAGAAGUGGUUCAGUGACCACAGGUACAGAAGUCAGAGGGGCAUUGUGCAAAUUCCUGGUGAUGCUUUAGGGAAAGAUCAAAUAGCACCUUCAGCUGGUCGACAUGGCCGGUCAUUUCACCCCUACACAGAUCUUCCUCCCCAGAGAUUCAAAGAGAAAACUCAAGAGCAGCUUAGGGCCCUUGAGGAGAGUUUCCUAAAAUGCUCUUUUCCUACCCAGGGAGAAUUGGACAGGCUUCGAGUGGAGACCAAGCUGAGUAGGAGGGAGAUAGAUUCAUGGUUCUCUGAGAGGAGAAAGAUAAGGGACAGCAUGGAGCAAGCUGUCCUGGACUCGAUGGGAUCAUACAGAAAAAUUAAGGAUCAGGGAACUCCCAAUGGUGCAAUAAGUCAGGCAGAACUUCUGACCAGCUCUCAGCUCCCUGGUGCUUUAUCUGGGUCUUCCACCACAUUGAAGAAAACACAAGAGCAAAUUCAUCUGUUGAAAAGCACAUUUGCAAGGACCCAGUGGCCAUCACCCCAGGAGUAUGACCAGCUGGCAUCUCAGACUGGGCUCACGAGAACUGAAAUCGUUCGCUGGUUCAAGGAAAACCGGUCUUCACUGAGAACAGGGUCACUUAAAUGGAUUGACCAGUAUCAGCAGCAGUGUGCUGGUGAUGGUCACAACAAGCAAAGCCAGAAAAAGAGCUCAAAACACAUUGAGAGUCCAAAGAAUGGUAAUGAGGUGUCUCGGCAGCAUUACCAGGAGCAUAAAAAGCUGAAUGAAGAGAAUGGGGGGAAACCAGUGGUGAGAGCAAAAAGAGACUGUGAGCCACUGAAGGACUCCUUGCUGGGGAAUCAGGCAGAGGGGGUGGAGAGGCUGGAGUGCAGCAACAGCCACGAGGGCCCCGGCAGCGAGGAGAACGAGGAGCCCGCAGAGGUGAACUGGGUGGAGGUGACGGUGGGCGAGGACGACGCUGCCUCGGACUGUACGGACAGCUGGAGCCAAACAGCCCCCACAGAGGGCCACACAGAGCUGCCAGACUUGGACUCUGAAAGUAUAUCUGGAGACAAUUCCCACGUAUAGACAGGGGUACUCCUCAGCUGCACUGUCCUGAUGUUGAAGGGGAAAUGCUCUCUGAAAAUAGAAGACAACUCUAUUUUCCUGCCUGGGUGAGAGAGUGUGUUGUGACUCUGAGUCUCAAACCACGCUUGUGGAGGCACAGUGGGAAGAAAUAUUCUCAUGGAGCAUCACCAUGGAAUUGUUGAUAGUGCCAAAGUCCUACUACUGCAUUACAAAAGAGAGGAAAGAAAGAGGAAAGGCUCCUUGUACAUAGUUUUCUCUUAGUUUCUCUCCCACCCACUUUCCUGCCCAGCCUCUUCCUCUACUGGAACAGAUUUGUACAACAUAAAAAUUUUGUUAAUUUUUUUAAUAGGUGCAAGUUAUUCUUGCAUAUAAUGCAAUUGAGAAAUUUUGGGUUGGUUGGGGGGAGGGAAGUGUCUUUUGUGGAGGAGGGAGAUUUUUUUUCCUGAAGUGAUUUAAGAAAGAGUUGCAAUCUUUUGGAGUUGUCUUGGUGCAGAUCAACACCUGAGCCCAGAUCCCCACUCCAGUUUACAUUUCAGACCAGUUAAACAUGUUCUGGAGCAAUGGGGUUUGUUGUUUUUGUUUUUUCUCUUGUUGUUUUGACUUUUUUGUUUUGUUCUAUGGCCACCUGCUACUGAUUGAAAUAUUUAAAUCUCUGCUUUUCCAUGCUCCUACGAGGCAAGUCUUCUCCAGCUCCUGUACUUCACUUUUCACCAGCCAGCCCCAGCUGUGGGUCUCUGAAGAUUUGGCUAGAAUGCCUUUUUUUGAUCGUUGGUUUGGUUUUGGGGUUUUUUUAGCACUUUUUGUUUAAACAUGCAUUCCAACUCCCAGAGGGGUUGGAAUGAGGAAAUGAAGAUGCUUCAUAAUCCAAAUUUAUUUGUGUUUCUUUGGCUGGUGCAGUGAUGGACACCAUAACCAGCAGCUGCCCUCCAGCUUUAGACGUUGUAGCGCACAACAGAACUUUCUUAUUAACCCUUGCCACUAAAUUUUUAGAUCACUCUUAGGUUCCUGAGUGCACUUUUUUUCAAAUACUGCUAAUUUGGAUUUGUGUGGGGAUGUCUGUCUGUGCAUGUGUGAGGAGGGAGCGGAGGGGAGCAGGAGCCUGGGUGCAAGAGCUGCCCAGUGAGUUCCUCUGAGGAGCUGGGGUUGGAGAACUUGCCCACCUUUCAGUGUGCUGCACAAACAGGAUGUAGGGAGUUUGAAUAAAUCCAACUUUUCUAACUUGUUGCUCAUUUGUUGUAACUCAAUAAAACAAAGGCUAAAAAUUUUGGUAACUUU